UGCAGAGCUUUUUCCAGAAACUAUCCGAACCCAGCUGGGUUUCUGGGACCGACCCAAAGGAUUUCUCAGAGAAGGCACCCCAGCCACUGCUUUUCCUGCAGACUUUGCUCUUCCUCUCCCCGCACGGGGCGACCCACGUACCGCGUGCUCCGAAGGCGGCCACACAUCCCAGGCCCCAGCCUCGGUGCCGCCUGCCGGCCCGCGGAGGGAAGCGGCCCCGGCCCCCGCUUUCUGGGGCCCUGGUCCUGAGGAGGCGCCUACGUGUAGUGUGCACGGACCCUCUCGUGACGGUUACCGUAGAGUGGGGUGAAAGUCUGGGGAGAAUCGCCUUGGCACUGGCAAAAGCAUGAUUUCUCGUUGCCUUCGUCUGCAUCCUCCUUUCAUAAGGUCUUCAUUUCCCCCCCGAACCCCUGAUCCGGCUGCAGCACCGGUCCUCGGAGCGUGAAGAGCCCCUUGAAGCUCCGCAGAGCGUCCUGCCCCGCACUCUUGCCCAGGGAGUGGGUUCCACUUGGCAGGGAUCAUUUUAAACUGCUACCAGCAAUUCACACGACAUCCGAUAGCGGCAGCCCAGCCCACCAGAGGCGACACAGCAGCCUUGUUGGAGCCUGUGCAGACAAGAUUAUGGAAGGAAAAGGAGGAGCAGGUCGGACACCCAAGAGAGGUUGAUGGGUGGGGCUGAAAAUUCCGAUGAUCCUCUAAUCACUCGGUCUUUCUGGUCAUGUUGUCAUGAGAGAAGGAACCUUCUUGUGAAUACAACCAAAUGGCUGAGCUAGCUCCCCUUGGAGGGCAUAAAAUUAUGUCUACUUUGAGAAUUCGUCCAGCAACCCAUAUCUAAUCAGAAGGAUAGAAGAACUCAAUAAGACUGCAAGUGGAAACGUGGAAGCAAAAGUAGUGUGCUUUUAUAGACGACGAGAUAUUUCCAACACGCUUAUAAUGCUUGCGGACAAGCAUGCUAAAGAAGUUGAGGAAGAAUCUGAAACAACAGUCGAGACUGACUUGACUGAUAAACAGAAACAUCAAUUGAAACAUAGGGAACUCUUCUUGUCACGCCAGUAUGAAUCUCUGCCUGCAACCCAUAUCAGGGGAAAAUGCAGUGUUGCACUUCUGAAUGAAACAGAAUCAGUAUUGUCAUAUCUUGAUAAAGAGGAUACCUUUUUCUACUCAUUGGUCUAUGACCCCUCAGUGAAAACGCUAUUAGCUGACAAAGGUGAAAUCAGAGUAGGACCCAGAUAUCAAGCAGACAUUCCAGAAAUGCUUGUAGAAGGAGAAUCAGAUGAGAGGGAACAGUCAAAAUUGGAAGUUAAAGUUUGGGAUCCAAAUAGCCCACUGACGGAUCGACAGAUUGACCAGUUUUUAGUUGUAGCACGAGCUGUUGGGACAUUUGCUCGAGCCCUCGAUUGCAGCAGUUCUGUGAGGCAGCCUAGUUUGCACAUGAGUGCUGCUGCAGCUUCCCGGGACAUUACCUUGUUUCAUGCUAUGGAUACCUUGUAUAGACAUGGCUAUGAUUUGAGCAGUGCAAUUAGUGUCUUAGUACCACUUGGAGGACCUGUCUUAUGCAGAGAUGAAAUGGAAGAAUGGUCAGCCUCUGAAGCUAGCUUAUUUGAAGAGGCACUGGAAAAAUAUGGCAAAGACUUCAAUGACAUACGUCAAGACUUUCUCCCUUGGAAGUCAUUGACUAGCAUCAUUGAGUAUUAUUACAUGUGGAAAACUACUGACAGAUAUGUGCAACAGAAACGUCUAAAAGCAGCAGAAGCCGAGAGUAAACUGAAACAAGUAUAUAUUCCGACUUACAGCAAACCAAAUCCCAACCAAAUAUCCACCAGCAAUGGCAAGCCUGGCGCUGUGAAUGGAGCUGUGGGGACCACGUUUCAGCCUCAGAAUCCCCUCUUAGGGCGAGCCUGUGAGAGCUGCUAUGCUACACAGUCUCACCAGUGGUAUUCUUGGGGCCCACCUAAUAUGCAGUGUAGAUUAUGUGCAACUUGUUGGCUCUAUUGGAAAAAAUAUGGAGGCCUGAAAAUGCCCACCCAGUCAGAAGAAGAGAAGUUAUCUCCCAGCCCAACUACAGAGGACCCCCGUGUUAGAAGUCACGUGUCCCGCCAGGCCAUGCAGGGGAUGCCAGUCCGAAACACUGGGAGUCCAAAGUCUGCAGUGAAGACCCGCCAAGCUUUCUUCCUUCAUACUACAUAUUUCACAAAAUUUGCUCGUCAGGUCUGCAAAAAUACUCUCCGGCUGCGGAAGGCAGCAAGACGGCCGUUUGUUGCUAUUAAUUAUGCUGCCAUUAGGGCAGAAUAUGCAGACAGACAUGCUGAACUCUCUGGAAGUCCACUGAAAAGCAAAAGCACUAGGAAACCUUUGGCAUGUAUCAUUGGAUAUUUAGAAAUCCAUCCUGCGAAGAAACCUAAUGUAAUUCGAUCUACACCAAGUCUGCAAACCCCAACUACCAAGCGGAUGCUUACUACCCCAAAUCACACAUCUCUGAGCAUUCUGGGGAAAAGAAACUACAGUCAUCACAAUGGCCUGGAUGAACUCACGUGCUGUGUGUCAGACUGAGCUAUCCCUGUUUCAUCCUACAAUCCAAGACUUGCUCCACUGUCCUGCUGAUGUUCACAGCUGUGCCUGGGAAGGAGGCCGCCCCAUCCCCUGUACAUUUCAGUGGGAGGCCCCUGUGUGCGCCCCAUGGAGACUUGAUGGGGUAGGGGAAGAAACUGCAGGAGUGCAUGUUCCAGAAGCUGCGUCCCCAUGUGUGGAUCACUGGCACCUUGCUUUCCUCUGUGACUUUGUUGUCCCACAGCGGGACCCGCCUGAGCACUGAGGGGAUGAGGAAGCCACUCGCCCCCUUCCUUCUGCAGCGCCCCACGCCACAGGAACAGUGGCUCCUUGGGGCCCGAGGGCUGCUUGAGCUCAGAGCUGCUGCUGCCCUGCAUGCUCAGCUCUAUUUUAUGCUGUGUAAUUAUGUACGGGAGGGACAUGGCAUCUUUCUGAAUGGAUUUUUCUUAAGAAAUGUGCCUGUGUUUAUGCAGUUCAUGGUAUUCCCUAUCCUUCCUCUUACCAUCACUUGGCUCUUUCUCAAUAGGCUUCAACUUUUUUUUUUAAAUUCAAAUGUGUUUAUAGGGAUGAUUUCCCACUCAUCCUGAUUAGGGGUGCUUCUUGUGCUGCGUCCUCCUGAAGUAGCAUCCUUCCAUAAGCCUUGCUUUUCCUCCUGUAGGCUGACAGAUGACAGCGGAACAGCCAACAUGCAAAGCCACUGUGUGUGCACAGAUCAGGACCACGUGAUUCUAGGGUAUCCCAGCAGUCCACGUCUAUGAGGAAGGAACGGGGCUCUGCACCAGGCGCUGCCUCUUGUGUUUCCUGUCCUCCUCUUCUGGAGGGCGAUGGAGGACAUCCUUUGCCGGAGGCAUUUCUUGUGGGGAGGUUGUCACCACAGGAAAGCUUUUUUUUUAAUGGGGAAAUUUUGCUCUUUACCUCCUGCAUCCUGACCCCUGCCCGGCCCCCCUUCUAAGGUACAGAAUUGACUGAGGUUCUGAUGAAAGAUAAGAUAGCCUUGAUCUUUGGUAA